UUUUCCGCGCACAGUUGAAUAAGAAAUAAACAAACAUAUGUUUGUUUUCUUCAAGGGAAAUUCUUUUUCUUGUAAUUAUGGAUUUCGUUUUUAGAACAUUUAGUGCCAAUUAUUAAAUUACAUGAGACGUAAAUAAAAGUGAAUUUUCGAGAAGAGAAACAAAAAUAAAAACACAAGCGCACAUCUAGAAGAAAUAUUAGUAAGCAAAACCGUAACUGCCCACUGCCAUCCCUUUGCGAACGUUUGUCCCGCUAUGGGAAAUUGUUUGCAAUGCUUCCAAAAUCAAACGGAGCGUCCGUCGAAUACACAUGGUGCGGCUGCUGUUGCUAUUGCUACCUCCUCCACCUCAUCAUCAUCACCUGAUUGGCACCACACUUCUAUUGACAAACGUUACGCGGGACAAGCAGGUCAUUUAAACGCUAACGAUCAAUUCCAUCAUUUAAAUUACAAUACCGUUAAAGUAGGCGGCGGUGGUACAUUUUAUCGUGAAAGGUCUCAUGAAACUGACGAAUUGCUCUCUACGCGUAGUCCACUCAAACCAGCAAAUUAUUGUGAUACAAAACGAAGUAGUUUUAAGAAAUCUUUGAUACUACUUAACGGUAAUAGUGACAUUAUAGCAGCUGUUAAAGAAUCAACAGAAGUUUCCGAUAAUACAUUAAAUAAACUGUUCGAAGAAUAUAAAGAUCCCGAUGAGGAUAUGAUAUUGGCCGAGGGUAUAGAACGUUUAUGUCGUGAUCUCAAUUAUCAGCCCGACGAAUUUGCUAUACUGGUGCUUGCCUGGUGCUUAGAUGCCUCACAAAUGUGUCGUUUUACACGUCCUGAAUUUAUAGAAGGCUUGCACAAAAUGCGAGCCGAUACCAUAGACACCAUUCGUAAAAGACUGGAGCAGACAAUCGAGACUCUAAAAGUAGAUUCGGAGCUAUUUAAGCAGUUGUAUAGAUUUACAUUCCGAUUUGGUCUUGAACCUGAUCAACGUAUUUUAUCAUUGGAUAUGGCCAUUUCGUUAUGGAAAUUAGUAUUUACUGUACACACACCUGAAUUACUUAACAAUUGGGUACAUUUUCUCGAACAGCAUCCAAGUAUACGUGGGAUACCGAAGGACACGUGGAAUAUGUUUUUAAAUUUUUCCGAACAAUGUGAUAUUUAUAAUUAUGACGACACUGAAGCUUGGCCAAGUUUAUUUGAUGAUUUUGUCGAUUAUGAGAAGGCCAGACUAGAGACAUUACAAACAAACACAACAACAGAAAUUGCAAGACAAGCAGUCUCACAUGAUGAUGAUAAUAAUAAUGACGACAAUUUACAUCAUUAUCAAAAGCCAAGGGAAGGUUCAAAUGAUUCAAAUAUCGAAAAAUUAUAGUAUUAAAGUAAUACCACAAAAUAUACAUAUGUAUGCACAUAAGCAUAUGAUAAUGUAUGUAUAUAUAUAUAUCCAGAUUGAUAUCGUAUUGCUAGGGGAAAUCCUGAAAAAGUUCUAUGUAAAGCAAGCCUUUCACACAAUUUAUUAUAUAAUUAAUUAAUUAUUAAUCUUAUCGUUAAUAUUAGAAAACUCACUUUUACUUGCCUAAACAAACAUUUAAACAACUUUUAUACAUUCCCUUUAAGCAAGUUUGACAACAAAAACAACAACAAAAAACACGCGUAUCAGGUGAAAAAGGUUCUCAUUUUAUUUAAGUGCCGCGCGCAAACUCAAGAAUACUAAACGAUCUCUAUAUCGCUUCGAAACAUAUUGUUGCCUCGUUUGAAACGUUUCGUAAAAAGAACUGGGUUUCUUGCUACAAUUUCUGAAUUUAAAAACUCGUUUAUCAUUUUGUAUAUAACCCAUAUAAUAAAUUUUUUUUUAUUAUUAUUAAACGACAAGAAUUAAUUUAACACUAAUACUAUAAUUA